AGGAAUUCUGGUGGCCUCGCCUACGGCAGGCAGAGGACAACGCCGUGCCUUGGUCUGUGCAGCAGGAAGAAGGGCAGAACUGCUCACCCACCGCCUUGCAGAGUUUCCUCCGCCGUGUGAUUCAUGUCAGGAGCUUGUUGGGUGACUCCGGGAUGAAUGACGCUAUAUAAAUGCAAAGCUUUAUUAAUAUUUCAUGCGGUAGUGAAAGUGCACAACUGGGGCUCGUUCCUGCAAGACGAAGUGCCGCCGUGUCGGCGCACCUCCCCGGCCCUGAGCUGCCUUCCUCCAGCAGAGGGUGCAGCCUGGGGCAGCUCCCUGCCUCUGGAAAACAAAUCCGCAGCAAACUGAAGCGGGAGAAGCAGCUGUGGGAUGCCACCAUCCCUCACGGGCAUCCGUCUGUCCUGUUUAGGAGACGAUGCAACAGUUCCAUCCCUUCCCUGCUUCCCCAGGAGGACGUCCACCCGAUGUGGCUGUGACUGCCCAAAAGAGAGGGUUUUAACCCAGAAAGCAGCAAGCUGUGAGAGCCUCUUUGGAUACCUGCAAGCCUGGGGCAGGGGGUCCCUGCUGGGUGCUGUGGGAUGAGGGGGCUGCCCCGGGAUCCCACUCCCAGAGGGGCUGGGAGCCCCCUUCCCAUCACAGGCACUGCACCGGCAGGUUAAAAAAAAAUAAAUAAUUUUUAAAAAGGGCUUGUUUGAUUUCAGACUGCAGAACUCUUCCCUGGAGCCAUCGGCAAACAGUGGUAAUUUACUUUACAGCUGUUUAGAUUUGUUUCUCUCCAUUUUUUUUUUAAACCCAGUGGAAUUGCAAAUGAAACGUGUGUUUGCUCCUCAGAUGACUCGGGCUCUACGUGAGCUCUCACACCCCACGCAGCAGCACCGGCUCCCCAGACCCUCACCCACCCGAUCCCUGCGCCCGCGGUGCCCCGGGGGGGUCAGGCCUCAGCAAGAGGCUUCUGUGGGAGGGGGUCCCCGUCCCAGGGGGGUCCUGGGCUCUGGGAUAGGGGGGCACCGGGAAGGGACUUGCACCAGCUUGCAGCACAGGUAUGGGGAGCCUGGAAAAGGUGGUUAAUUAAUUCCCAGCAAAAUAAUCAGCUGCCACCUACUCAUCAGAAGGCAGGGAGGGAAAAAUGCUCUUAUUAAAGCAUUGGCACGGUGCAAAGUCUGAAUAAAAGGGGAUUACAAAGGGUGGGGUUUGGCUCCUAGGGCUUUGGCCACGUCACCCCCUGGGGGUCCAAGAGAGGGAAGACGGGGAGGAGGCAGCGGCACCCAGGCUGCCACCGUGCUCGGGGACCCUGGUGUCCCCAGGGCAGCCGGGGACAGGCGGCCCCGAGCCCCUGCCCUUCCCCGCGGUGGUGCAGCCGGUGCUGCCUGGGGGCAGGAUAGGGCCCCACGCAGCAGGGCAGUGCUUGGCCUGACAGGGCAUGCAGGGAUCUGCCUCAAAGCCAGUUCCUUCCCCCGGGAAUCUCCUCCUUGCUCCCAGGAGCCCCAGGAUGACUCACGCAGCACCUCGGCACCGGGCGAUGCGCUCCUGCCGCGGGCGAGCACCGACCGAGCGGCGGCCUGGCCUCUGCUGGGACGUCCCCAGGGCGACCGGCACUCCCCGGGCUGCUGCCGCGAGCUUGCACGGGAAAGGGGAAAGCUGGAUUUUGUGUCCCCAGUCCUGAUUCCGAGCCCCCCUGGCUCCGUCUGGCCCCGUGGAUAGAGGCAGCGAGAAGGGAGCUCCAGACUAGCUAACAGGACCAGGGGACCAUGAACUGGGGGGUAUUUGAGGGGCUCCUCAGCGGGGUCAACAAGUACUCCACGGCCUUCGGCCGCAUUUGGCUCUCCCUCGUCUUCAUCUUCCGCCUGCUGGUCUAUGUGGUGGCAGCCGAGCGCGUCUGGAGCGACGACCACAAGGACUUUGACUGCAACACGCGGCAGCCGGGCUGCACCAACGUCUGCUUCGACCACUUCUUCCCCGUCUCGCACAUCCGCCUGUGGGCCCUGCAGCUCAUCCUGGUGACCUGUCCCUCCCUGCUGGUCAUCAUGCACGUGGCCUACCGCGAGGCCAAGGAGCAGAGGCGCCAUGCCGCCGCGGGGAGCGACUACCGCUGCCUCUACCCCAACCCCGGCAAGAAGCGGGGCGGGCUCUGGUGGACCUACCUGCUCAGCCUCAUCUUCAAGGCUGGCGUGGACAUAAUCUUCCUCUACAUCUUCUACCGCUUGUACAGGAACUACACCCUGCCCUCCGUGGUGAAGUGCGAGCUGCCCCCGUGCCCCAACAUCGUGGACUGCUUCAUCUCCCGGCCCACCGAGAAGAACAUCUUCACCAUCUUCAUGGUGGUCACCACCUGCAUCUGCAUCGCGCUCAGCCUGGUCGAGGCCACCUACCUGAUCGGCAAGCGGUGCUGCGAGUGCCUCCAGGCCCGCAGCAGGGAGAGCUGCCAGCACAGCCGGGACUGCGCGCUCUCCUGCACCGAGUCUGCGGACACAGCGGGGCAGGUUUUCCCCCCAGGGGACUGCAAGCCCCCCAUGACCUCCAUCCCCACGGCCUCCAUCCCCAAAACCUCCGUCCCCACAACCUCCGUCCCCACAGUCUCCGUCCCCACGACCUCCAUCCCCACCGCCCCCAUCCCGACAGCCUCCAUCCCCAUGACCUCCAUCCCCACAGCCUCCACCCCCACAGCCUCCGUCCCCAUGCCUGAGCAGGAGCAGGCUCCUCCCUAGGGCUGCCCGUAGCCGUGUGCCUGCCCCAGCCCCUGCUCCUCCAGGUGGGACCCUUCAAAGUCCUGGUCAUGGGAGUGCUGGGGGAGCUGCACUGUGGAGGUGCGGUCAGCCUCUCCCCCUCUUGGGGCAAGGUGUUUUCCAUCGUUCUGAUGAAUUUAGGGUAAAAGUGGGUGCUGCAGGACGUGUGGGUGCUCUCUGAGAGCCAGCAGGCACUGCAAGGUGAGGGACGAGCAGCUCCACAGCAGCUGGGAGCCAGCACCGAGCACUGAGCCUGUCCCAGCUGGGGCUGGCUUAGCCGAUCCUGAGCAUAUUCCUGCAGUGAAUAAAACUUUCUGUCUCUACAACGUGA